CCACGGCUCGCCAAAAAUUUCUCGGCGGGCGAUGAGAAUCCUCGCCACUUCCGGCCGGGUUCCUAACAACAGGGGAGGCCGGUAACCAGGGAAGGGGGGGAUGGCGGAGCGGGAGCCCGAGCGGGAGCCGGAGCCCGAGCCGAAGCGCGAGGCCGAGCCGGAGCCCGAGCCGGAGCCCGAGCGGGGCGAGGCCCCGGAGGAGGGCGCGGCGGGACGCAAGGCCCGGGGCCGGCCGCGACUGACCGAGUCGGACCGGGCCCGGCGGCGGCUGGAGUCCCGGAAGAAGUACGACGUGCGGCGCGUUUACCUGGGCGAGGCCCACGGGCCUUGGGUGGACCUGCGGCGCCGCAGCGGCUGGAGCGACGCGAAGCUCGCCGCCUACCUCAUCUCCCUGGAGCGGGGCCAGCGCAGCGGUCGGCACGGGAAACCUUGGGAGCAAGUCCCCAAAAAGCCAAAGCGGAAAAAAAGAAGGAGACGCAACGUGAAUUGCCUGAAGAACAUGGUGAUCUGGUACGAGGACCACAAGAACCGCUGCCCUUACGAGCCCCACCUGUCGGAGCUGGACCCCACCUUUGGCCUCUACACCACGGCGGUGUGGCAGUGUGAGGCCGGCCACCGCUACUUCCAGGACCUCCACUCACCCCUGAAGCCGCUCAGCGACUCCGAGAAUGAGAGCGAUAAAGUGGGCAACGGCCUGGGGGCGGGAAGCUCGGACUCUUCCAACGAAACCUCCGCUUCGGAUGCGGAGGGGCAGCCCGAGAGCCGGCAGGCCAGAUCGACCCAGCCCCCGCCGGUCCCGGCCCCGGACCGGGGCAGCAGCGGCCUCAUCACUCAGGACGGCGUCCACAUCCCCUUCGAGCACCAUAUCGAGAACCUCACCGCCGAGCAGGGGGCGGCCGUCUGCCGCAACCCCCCGGCCGGCGGGACCGAAGGCGUGGAGACGGUGGUGUGUGUCCCUGUGCCCGUUCAGGUCGGCUCGGGACACGGCACUUUGUUUGAGAAUGUCACGCAAGAGACCCUGGGGGAGGUGGUGGCGGCUAGCUGCCCCAUGCAGGGCAUGGUCCAAGGCUCACAGGUCAUCAUCAUCGCGGGCCCCGGCUAUGACGCCCUGACCACUGAGAGCAUCCACUUAAACGUCACCAGCGGCGGAGGGGAGGAGAUGCCCUGCACCAUGAUUGAGGGGGUGGCGGCCUACACCCAGACGGAGCCCGAGAACGGGGAGACUGGCGGCAUGGAGACGGUGGAGAGCGUGGAGUGUAUAGAGACAAAAAAAGAGAAGGAAGACCUCUACGUCCUCAAAAAAGAGGAGAAAGAGGAGCCUCUGCCACCGCCGCCUCCUGAACUGGAGAGGCAGAAGGGGCUAGACACGGUGCGAGGGGACGCGGAGCCUGAAGCCGAGCCAGACCCGGAGGAGAUGGACGGCAGCGACAUGUCGGCCAUCAUCUACGAGAUUCCUAAAGAGCCAGAGAAGAGGAGGCGCAGCAAGCGGGGUCGGGUGAUGGAUGCUGACGGCAUGCUGGAGAUGUUCCACUGUCCAUAUGAAGGAUGCAGUCAAGUCUAUGUAGCACUUAGUAGCUUUCAGAAUCACGUUAACCUUGUUCAUCGAAAAGGGAAGACAAAAGUCUGCCCUCACCCCGGCUGUGGCAAAAAGUUCUACUUAUCUAAUCACCUGCGAAGGCACAUGAUCAUUCACUCAGGCAUUCGGGAAUUUACCUGUGAGACCUGUGGGAAGUCCUUCAAAAGGAAGAAUCACCUGGAGGUCCAUCGGAGAACACACACGGGCGAGACUCCUCUACAGUGUGAGAUCUGCGGUUAUCAGUGCCGGCAGCGGGCCUCCCUCAACUGGCAUAUGAAGAAGCACACGUCGGAGGUGCAGUACAACUUCACCUGCGAGCAUUGUGGCAAACGCUUUGAAAAAAUGGACAGUGUUAAGUUUCACAAGCUAAAGAGCCACCCUGACCACAAGACAACAUGAUCUUCGGUGGUGUCCAGAUUUGACUCCAAGGGUUCUGGAGCCGGGAUGCUAAUCUCUUCAACCCCGCUUGCAAUUAGCUGGUGAAAGACCCCCCUUCCCACUCGCCGCGCCGGUCCCGUGAGAUGGAUCUUUCCGCUUCGGCUCCCCAACCAGUAGGGACGUGAUGAGGGGCGGUGAGGAGAAGCGAGAGGGUCUCGGGUGGGGGGUGGGGAGGGGGAGAGUGAUGGAAGUCGGAGGCGGGUCACCCCUCGCGGCCUCCUUCCUGCCUCCCCCGCUGGCGCGUCCGUUCGAGACCAGUAGGCGGCGCCAAAGGCCCGCGGGUCGGGCCGCCCGACAAGCACGUGCUGUGAGCGGGGCGGCUGCUGAUCCGGGCGUUGGCCGGCCUCUCUGCCCUCUCUCCUCGCCCUCUGGAAGGGGCAGGUGGAUCUGCGGUCCCCGAGCCGGAGCUGGGAGUAGCGCGCCUCAGUUUCCCCACGGAGCCCGGGCCGGCCGGAGCUUCCUUCUGGAGCCAAGGGCGCGGGACCA